AUGGCCUCCUCAGCGGCCGCCGGCUUCCUCGGCCGCUCGAGUAGCAGCAAUGCGAACAUGCGCGGUCUGGUCCAGUUCAUCGCCGACCUCAGGAACGCGCGAGCACGAGAGUUGGAGGAGAAAAGAAUCAACAAGGAGUUGGCAAACAUAAGACAGAAAUUCAAAGAUGGCAAUCUGAGCGGAUACCAUAAAAAGAAAUAUGUCUGCAAGCUUCUCUACAUCUAUAUCCUAGGCUGGAACGUCGAUUUCGGACAUCUCGAGGCUGUCAACCUGAUUUCAGCGAACAAAUACUCCGAAAAGCAAAUUGGAUACCUGGCAGUAACCCUCUUCCUCCAUGAGAAGCACGAACUGCUGCAUCUGGUCGUGAACAGCAUACGAAAAGAUCUUCUCGACCACAAUGAGCUGUUCAAUUGCCUUGCCCUGCACGCCAUCGCAAAUGUGGGUGGAAGGGAGAUGGGAGAGGCCCUGAGCGGCGAUGUGCAUAGGCUCCUGAUUUCUCCGACUUCGAAAGCGUUCGUCAAGAAGAAGUCGGCACUGACGUUACUGCGUCUGUUCCGGAAACACCCAGAUAUCGUUCAGCCCCAAUGGGCAGAGCGGAUAAUAUCGCUGAUGGACGACCAGGACCUCGGUGUCGCUGUGUCUGUCACCUCCCUCGUCAUGGCUUUGGCCCAGGACAGUCCCGAGGCCUACAGGGGUGCAUUGGUCAAGGCGGCAUCACGCAUGAAGCGUAUCUUGAUCGAUGGCGACUUCUCGUCAGAUUACCUCUACUACAAGGUGCCAUGCCCUUGGCUACAGGUCAAAUUACUUCGCCUUCUACAAUACUUUUCCCCUUCCCAGGAUACUCAUGUCCGUGAGAUGAUCCGCGACUCUCUGCAGAAGAUCCUCAACAUCGCCAUGGAGACGAACAAGAACGUGCAGCAGAACAACGCCCAGAACGCUAUCCUAUUUGAAGCUAUCAACCUCAUUAUCCACCUCGACACCGAACACGCACUCAUGAAACAGAUCUCCUCACGCCUUGGCCGCUUCAUCACGUCUAGGGAGACGAACGUACGGUACCUUGGUUUGGAGGCCAUGACCCAUCUUGCGGCUCGGGCCGAGAACCUGGAUUCCAUCAAACAGCAUCAAGAUGUUAUCCUUGGGUCCCUGAAGGAUCGCGAUAUCAGUGUCCGCAGGAAAGGUCUGGAUUUGCUAUAUAGUAUGUGCGAUUCGACCAACUCCGGGCCCAUUGUCUCCGAGCUCCUGCACUAUCUUCAAAACGCCGACUUCGCCAUCCGGGAAGAGAUGGCUUUGAAGAUCGCCAUUCUGACGGAGAAGUACGCCACCGACAUACAGUGGUACAUCAACGUAUCGUUGCGCUUGGUGGCGGUAGCGGGUGACCAUCUCAGCGAUGAAGUAUGGCAACGAGUCAUUCAAAUCGUGACCAACAACGAAGAGUUGCAGGUUUACGCCGCGCAAAACACUCUCCAACAUGUCAAGCAGGACCACUGCCACGAGACCCUUGUCAAGAUAGGCGCUUACGUCCUUGGAGAGUUCGGGCACUUGAUCGCGGAAGAACCGGGAUGCAGUCCCGUCGAACAGUUCCUCGCACUCCAGAGCAAGUUACCCGCCUGUUCUUCUAGCACCCGAGCCAUGAUCCUUUCCUCGUUUGUCAAGUUUGUCAAUCUCUUCCCUGAGAUCAAGCCUCAGCUACUGCACGUUUUUGAGGUCUACAGUCAUACCUUGGAUUCAGAACUGCAACAAAGAGCUUGCGAGUACCUGACGUUGGCCAGCCUUCCAACCGAUGAUUUGCUCCGAACCGUCUGCGACGAGAUGCCGGCAUUCCCAGAACGACAAUCUGCCUUGUUAUCGAGACUGCACCAGAAGCACGCUGGCACGAGCGACAAGCGAACGUGGGUCGUUGGUGGGAAAGACGCCAACGCUGAUGCAACCGAGCUCAACAUGGCCAAGAAUCCCGGUCUUAAGCGGACCUUCAGCUCUCAUGACACCAACGGCAACGGCACGGCCAAUGGCACAAACGGCCACUCAAACACUGAUCUUAUGGGCUUGGAUCUCAACGCUGGUCCCAAUGAACCGAAGCAGCUUAAGCCUCCAAACUUGGCCAGUGCUGCUCAUCUCUCACCAGGCUGGGAGCCUGGCUACUACAAACUGCUCCUCAAGGCUGACGGCAUCCUCUUUGAGGAUGGCCAGAUCCAAGUCGGCGUUCGAUCAGAGUACAGAGGACAAAUGGCUUGCCUGAUCCUCUAUUUCACCAACAAGACCCCAGCCCCCAUCACAUCUUUCACGACCACACUCGACCUGGACGAGAGUGAGAAGGAGAAGUUGACAUGGGACGUAAAAAACAUGCCGGACAGUCAGAUUGCUACAGCCCAGCAGUCCAGGGAAAUCAUCAUGUUUGAGUGCAAGAAGGUCUUUGACAAGGCACCAACAAUCAGAAUCAGCUACCUGGCUGGUGCCCUACAAGCACUUACAUUGAAGUUGCCCCUUAUGGCGCACAAGUUUAUGGAUCCCGCAGAACUUGCCGCCGAUGACUUCUUCAAGAGAUGGAAGCAAAUCGGUGGAGCCCCCCGCGAGGCGCAGCAAAUCUUUGGUGUUCGUGCGGGCAAGGAUGGCAACCGAGAGAUCACAGAGACCUUCGUCCGUAAGACCGUGUCUGGAUUCAGAUGGGGUAUCCUGGAUGGUGUCGACCCCAACCAGAAGAACCUUGUCGGUGCUAGCGUGUUACAUACUGCUGAGGGGGGCAAAUUUGGGUGCUUAUUGCGGUUGGAGCCGAACUAUGCCUCACAGAUGAUCAGACUCACCAUCCGUGCAACGGACGAGAGUGUGCCGCCAACCUUGCUGAAGCUGAUGGAGGACAGGCUGGCACUUGGCAUAUCGAAGCUACCGAUCUUAAACGAACCGCCUACGAGGGCAGAGAUUACAGACGCAUUCAGCAAUGUUAUGGUGAAAUAA